AUGGAUAAUGAAAGAAUGGAACAUCCAUCAUGGUUUAAUACAAGAUUAAUUGAAUCGGAUUUAUAUCUAACAACGGAAGAUUAUUAUUAUCCAGGUAAUCGUCCGAAUAUUUGGCUUUUACAUGGAACAAAUCGUGACAUUCUUAUUGAUACUGGCCUUGGUGUUUGUAAUUUGAAAAAACAUUUGGAAAAAAUAGAAUUAUUGAAUAGUAAUCGUGAAUGUAUUGUUAUUUGUACGCAUUCACAUUUUGAUCAUAGUGGUGGUGCACAUCAUUUCGAUAAUGUUGUAAUUCAUCAAGGUGAUUACGACGGUUUAAGUAAUGGUGAACAAUCAGCCACAUUGAACUGGUCUCAUUCAACUCAUUAUCGUGCAUCACCCUAUAAAAACUUCAUACCAGAAGAAUACAAAGUACCACCAACCAAAUGUGCACCGAUUUUUGAUGGUCAUCGCAUAACUCUUGGUGAUGAUGACGAUGAUGAAAUUCAAAUAAAACAUGUGCCUGGUCAUACACCUGGAAGUAUUGUUUGCUAUUAUCCAAGAAAAAAAGCUUUAUUUACAGGUGAUUUUGUUUACGACUGCGGAAGUGGUGGAUGUUUGUUCGAUUGGGCACCAACAUCAUGUACUAAAGAUUAUUUACAAAGUGCUAAUCAGAUGAUUGAUUGGUUAAAUCAACAUGAAAUAGAUAAAAUUUAUCCUGGACAUUAUGGAAUAAUGAAUGUACAGCAAGUACAACAAUUAUUAAAAGAAUAUAUUGAAACAAAAGGAUAA